CAUUGUUCUGAAUUUGGGUUUUAGGUCUUGUUAUUCUUUCAUAGUUGUUUCUGGCUGCUGGUAGAUACCCAGCUUGCCUAAAUAGGAUAAUAAUGAAAAACCUUUAGCCACUUUUCAACAGAAAAGCUUUUCUAGUGAGCUAUGGAUGAAAGUGAAGAUGUGCCAAAAGAUUUUAUCAAGCUCAAGACUGAAAAGCUCUCUGUAGAUGAAGUGUCAGAGCUGGUGCUUUCACCAUACUGUGGGGCAGUGUCUCUGUUCAUUGGUACUACAAGAAAUAAUUUUGAAGGGAAAAAAGUGAUACACUUAGAAUAUGAAGCAUAUACUUCAAUGGCAGAGACUGAAAUAAAGAAAAUCUGCAGAGAUGUUAGGCAAAGAUGGCCAUCAGUCAAACAUAUUGCAGUGCACCAUAGACUUGGUGUGGUUCCAAUAACUGAAGCAAGUGUAAUUAUUGCAGUCUCCUCUCCACACAGAGCAGAAUCCCUUGAAGCUGUAAUGUACUGCAUCAAUACCUUAAAAGCAUCCGUCCCAAUAUGGAAAAAGGAGAUUUAUGAGGACGAAUACUCUUGGAAAGAAAACAAGGAAUGCUUUUGGGCAAAUUCAGAAAAAUAACUGUACUCUUUUAAAAAUAAAGUGUUACUGUUCCUAAUGAACAUACUGGUUUAGGUUUGAGUUGUUUUUACAGAGAAUCUAUAUGUUUUUAGGCAGUUGUAAUAGACAUUUCAAUCUGAAUAAUUUAAUUAGGACUGAAUGAAAUUAAUAAUUAGGGGGUUUAAGUGUUCUUGACUCUCCUUUGGAAUCAUCUCUUUGUGCAUUUUAACAUGGAGUCAGUUUUUAGAACAAUCUUCCCUAAAACUCUUGGUUGCAAGGUGUUUAGUCCUCUGGAUAUAUACUGCUUUAAUGCCUUAACAUUGGUAGUCUGUGUUCACUGUCUGAAUGGGAGGUCACAACAGGACAACUGGAUUUUUUUUUUAAUCUUGUCCUGAGUAGUUUAAUUUUAUAUGACUGUAGAAUCGGUUUGCAAGCUUUAUGCUAUUUUGAUGUUCUUGAAACAUGAAAGCUACUUGAAGUAGAUUAAACAUUUUGGUACAGACGGAGAAGAAAAUAUAAACUAUACCCCAGAGUUACUAACUUUUUAGUAGUGGUUAUAUUCCAGUAGCUCUGUCUCACAAAAACGGUUUUACUGUGCGGCUGAUAUUACAAGCCUGUUGCAUCAAAAAUAUGUACAAAGUUAGAUCUAAUACUUUACCAGCAACAAACUUGAAUUAGCAGUAACACGCAAACCUGUAACUACCUAAUGAUGUCUAGACAUGAUUCAUUUUGAAGGAGCUUUUUUGGGUGUGUAAUUAUAUGGUGCUGCUGAAAAAAACCCCAGCUAUUAUUACAAAUAGACAACUGUAAUUUUAAUUAGAUUUAGUAGUUUGACUUUAGACAUGUUAGGAUUCAGAGCCAUCAAAAUCAAUUAGUUUUUCAAAGGAAAGUGAGUCUAUUGAACUUUCUGCAGUUUAUAUAUGCAUUCAUAUUCAUCUGGAUUUAAAUACAGUUUUUCUCUUGUUACUGUUUUGAAACCUAAUUAAAAAAGAGUGAUACAGUAUGCCUGCGCUUCCACUGGAAACAAUGGGCUGCUCUUCGCAGUAAGAUCGCUUACUUUAUAUUAUUGUAAUGUGCAGUGAUAGUGUUUAGAUGCUAAGAGUUCAAAGUCGAAUUGUGUAGGGCAUUUUUAAUAAUACUGAGAGGAAGAUUUAUCUAGUCAUCAUUGUCAGUGUAGACAAGAUAGAUAUAAAAGAAGGAAAAUGAGCAAAUCAUUUUACUUCUCUUUACUUCAAGGUUUUGUAUCAUUACAUCACACAAAAGUUAAGGCUCAGCUGUAUAAUCCAUUUCAUUGUGUCUGCAGUAAAAAUCUACAAACAGCUGAUAGCUGCACAAAAUAAACUGAGAAAAAUAGGCAAUAUUUUUUCCCCCCAGUGAUCUCAAUCAGUUUUAAUACUUAAGUGAUGGUUAUUGUAUCUGGAUUAAGUAAACCCCAAUGAAACAUACACCUUGAGGCAGAAGCAUGGUUAAGCUGUGCCUGUUAACUUACUGAUGCGCUUUCCUUCAUGGAAGUGAGCAAGUCCUUCCUCUGUGGGAGGAACACAUAUGCAACCUCCAAACCAUGUGGGCCCUAUUAUCUAGGUAGAGUUGAGCAAGUUCAAAGUUGAAUUUUCCUUUGCUUUGGAGGUUGCAGAGCACUCUGCUAUUUGAACGUCAUUUUUACCAUGAAUUGUACAGAAUCCUGAGUACAGAUCACUUCCUCUGUCAAGUAACUCUGUUUUUAGAAAAGAAAGAAAUACACAAACUUGCCCGUUUUUAGUGUUCGUUUUUCCAUGUUCCUGCUUACUGUUACCAUGCAAUUAAUUAGUGUAUCAGUUUCACAAAAAUAAAUGGCUAGCUUGCCGUGUAGUGAAUAGUUUAUAAAUGAAGUAAAACCUAUGCAGUGCUUGCAUACUGGUGUGGUGCUCUGAUACAGAAAAGCAGUGGUAUUUAGAACAGUUAAAUUGUACUUGGGGCCCUAUAAUCAGGGGCAAUUCAGGUUGCUCUAGUGCCUCUCUAGUGCUGCAGUCUCCUGGAAGGUUUAUCCAGGGUGACCUUAAGUGCACCUUCCCCAUCAGCAGUGCAGCUGGGAAGGAGGGUGCAGAAAAGAAGAGAAAGAAUAAUUGUGUACUUCCCCACAGUGACCAGGAACAAUGAAUGGAAGAGAUGUACUGAGUCAUAGCUGAGUGUUACAAUGUGUGUACGCUGCCAUGGUCAAAACAAUGAAAUGUCAUUUUGUGUCCCUAGCUGUGCAUGAGGCAAGUACGGCUUUGUUCUGGAACAAUGAUGUAUCAGUCUUGUGUAACUUUGGGUUCUUCAGCUGGCAUCUAAAAGCGAAAUGGAAAUGCCCCUAGGAGGGAUGAUGUACAUAAUUAGAGGUAAAAUGUAUCUCACUGAAAGUUAAGUCCAUACUUGGAGCUCAGUGUUUGGGCUCCCUCUGUAGGGCUACCCUCUCUGCUGUGGAAAUAUUAUCGUAAGAGGGCAAAUCAGUGUGGUUUAAGAUAGCUGCCUAAGGCUAUGUCUGGAGCGACCCAGAAGUGCUUCCAAAUUUCCAGGCCAGGGGAUGAAUCCCAGCUGUGUCUGACUGCAUGUCAGGGAACGAUGUGGCUGCAUGUCCUGGUUUCCACACAUGCAGGACUAGGCUGCUGGAUGAGGGCUACCUUGUGUUCUGGCGAGGUCCAUGAGUGGGACAAUAGGCAGCUGCAGAUCAAUAUACAAUGCAGUCCUAGCUUUCUGGGAUGAGUCUAGCUGCUUCUCUGCCUUGGCUAUCGGGGAGGGUAAACCCACCCCUCUGCGAGUCUUGUAACAUUGCCACAGAGCGCAGUGGAGGUGGUGGCUCCAGGUGCAGACAGAUGUUCAGAGGAACAGACGCUGCAGGCCAGAGGGUCAUCGUGUGAGUCCUGUAGACAUCUGCCAAGUGAGGGGUGUUUGUGGAAGGGAAGCGCAUGUCUUCAGAGUGAGAAUUUGUCCUUCUGAAAAGAUGUCUUGGUCUUGGCAGGCAACAUUUGAAUACGCUGAUCCAUCCUUUUGUCUGGCAGAAUGUCCAUAUGCCAGCAUUGCUUCAUUUUAAGAGUUCCCUUUCCUGAUUUUGAUCUUUCAUUCUGCUCUGUUCUCAAGAGAAGCUCAGCCUGAAGCGUACUAUGAAAACAGUAACUGAUGGAUUGUCAUCAGAUAAACGGAGGGGGGACAUACGGGACUGUGUCAUAAGGAGCCUACCCAGGAGAUGGCAGCCGAGAGGCGGGGGGGCGGGGGGGGGGGGGC